CUCUUUUAGAAUCCUAGAGUUUAAUACUUAUACACUCGUCUCUAACAUGUAACGUUAGGCUCAACGUUCUGUAUAUGGUUGGUAUUUCCGUUUUUUUUUAAUACUGAUUAUGGCUGAGCCUAACCUAACCACACAGCUGAUUGCAAGGACACAUGCUUUGGUCGACUAUUUUCGGUUACAUUCUGCUAUUGUUGACAUAUUGUGCAUCACCUGCCAUACAUGAAGAGAUUGAAAAUACAAUUGACAACCGGGUGACUUCAGUCAGACUGAUAAUCCAUGGAGUAACCAUGGCAAGUCUGAUGUUUAGACAAGGGUGGCGAGUCCAAUCAGACUUCUCUGAAGUAUAUUGAUUGCCAGUGUGAGGGAGCACACUGCAACACUUUCAUCAUGGAGUUCCCCCAACACUCCCUGCAGCUCCUGUCAGGUCUGCGUUCUCAGCGUCAGCGUAGGUUCCUGUGCGACUGCACCGUCCUCGUGGGUUCCUCCCGUUUCCUCGCCCACCGGGCUGUCCUGGCCUCCUGCUCUCCAUUCUUCCACAUGUUCUACUCCGAUCCUCCAGGGUCUGCUGGUGCUGGCGGGGCCAGCUCGGUCACGCUGGACGGGGAUAUCGUGACAGCAGCGGCGUUCGGUCUGUUGUUAGACUUCAUGUACGAAGGCGUGCUGAGGUUGGAGACCCCUCCCCCAGCAGAGGACGUGCUGGCGGCGGCAAGCUUCCUCCACAUGAACGAGGUAGUCCGGGUGUGUAAGAGACGGCUACAGCACCGACCACCACCGGCUGAGGCAGACAGCACGCGCCCAGAGGAGAGUGGAGUGGCAGCAGUGGGUGGUAGUGGACCCGGGGUUGGCAUGGCAACAGGAGCUGCCAAAGCGGUGGCCGUGGCAAUGUCAGUGUCUCAGUCUGCGUCAAUGGCGUUGCAGAAAAGCCAGUUGGGCUCUUCUACGAGGUCAGAGAGGAGGGUGGACGUUCUGGCGCACGCUCCUCUGAGUCCGGACAUGGCCGACACCACCCAGCCGGGCAUGGACCACGCUCUCACUCAUGUGGGUGAGCUGGUUACCCUCUCCUCCGGUCCCUCUCUCCGGCUGGGGGGUCUGAGUCAGGGAGAGGGUCAGGGAGGCUCGGCCCUCUGCAGCCCCUGCAGCUCCACAGAGUCAUACAGUCACAGUAGCCACCAGCGCCAGCCCUCUUCAUCAGCGGCAUCAUCAGUGGUACCUGUGACCCAGACUGAUGGCUCCAGCUCCAUGGUGGGGAUACUGACCCAGUCUGACCACAGCAGCUCCUCCAGUCCAGAACAUGACAGCCAUGACCCUGUCUCUGACAACAAGAGCACAGUCAUCACACCAGGCAUGCAAUGCCAGCAGCAUGGUCUCAGUAUCAACACACACCCUCAGAUUAGAAUACAGCAUCCACUGUCACUCCACCUCACCUCACCUCCCAACCUGAACCUUGUAACCCAUCAGGGCCAAACCUCGACCCUGUCCAGGCCUGAAGGGCUGCAGCAUGGGGGGUCAGAGAGGGAGAGCAGGGAGGUUAGUGAACACUCUAACAUGGGGACUGUGGGAGUGGAGGAGCCCCUGGCAGGGAGAGGAGAAGUGGAGCAGGAGGAUGGGGUGAAGGUAAAGGUGGAGGCCAUAGUGAUCUCAGACGAGGAGUUUGAGGAGAUGGAAGGAGUGGUGAUGAGGAGAGGAAUAGAGGGGAGAGAACGAGGGAUGAUGAUGGAGGUAGAGGAUAGGAAUGACUUUGAUGAUGAUAACCACAGAGACGAACUGAACAACCCCCACUUCCUCCCUUUUCACCCCCACCACGCCUUACUCCAGAUGACCCACUCCCACCCCUCUGAGCCUCUCUCCUUCUCCCCCUCCGGACCCGGCACCACCUCCUCUGACGCUCCCCCUUUCCCCUCCUCCCUCUUCCCCUCUGUGGGCCAACAUUCUGACCAGCCCGUCUACUUCCAGGAUUCCAUGGGGAACUACGUUGAGGAUGUCCCCACGUGCAGCGUCUGCGGGAAGACGUUCUCGUGCGCGUACACCCUGAGGCGACACGCCAUUGUGCACACGCGCGAGCGCCCCUACGAGUGCCGCUACUGUUACCGUAGCUACACGCAGUCAGGUGACCUGUACCGCCACAUUAGGAAGGCUCAUGACUCCAGCCUGCCAGCCAAACGCAGUAAGGGAGACACUGAGGAGGGCCAGCCUCCACACAGCUAGCUGUAUACUUCUCCAUACUAAAGAAAAUGACACAUCAUUUAUGCCUUCCCCCUUCCAACACCAGACAUCCUGGUCUUGCAUGUCCGAUCUGGGAUGCAUUCAAAAUGACUUUCCAAAUGGUCUGAAAAACGCCAGAGGCCCAGAUCUAGUGCGCAGGUUGAGGGAGGAUUUAGAGCGUGUCGCCCUGAUGUUGCCCUCCACCAGGAUGGUCUUUUCAGACCUAGUGGUGAGACAGGUGGUGCAAGCCAGACAUGCCCAUGCCCGGGAAUGAGCAGACCUGGCACUUGGUCAACUAGCUGGGUCUGCAUUCCUGAGGGACAGGGGCCAGUGGUGUUUUAGCUAUUUUAUAAAUGGGACUUUCAGGACUUUUGUCUUUUACAUAUGUAUCUGUACCAGAUGUCUUACUAUGACCUCAGUGCCAAAAUAAUUAGUGUACUGUACUACAGGUAACUGCCAAAAUAAAGGAAACACGAGUAAAUGAGAAACACAAAGUAUAUUGAAAGCAGGUGCUUCCACACAGGUGUGGUUCCUGAGUUAAUUAAGCAAUUAACAUCCCAUCGUGCUUAUGGUCAUGUAUGCUUAUGGUCAUGGCACCCCAAUGGUGGAACAAACUCCCUCACGACGCCAGGUCAGCGGAGUCAAUCACCACCUUCCGGAGACACAU